AACGCAGUUAAUAGGAGAAUCUCAUAGGGAGAGGAAGACUCCCAUGGAGAAGAGAAAAAAGCGGCAACCCUGAAUUUAUUUUAAUACUAAGGAUAUAGAACUGGUACCGUAAAGACCUCUUCCCAAGCAUAUUCAUUUUCCUUAGCUUUGUCCUAAUUGAUUUUUGCAAAGAAAAAAAAUGGGUUCAAAAGGUAUGAUAGAGAAGCCACAUGCAGUUUUCAUACCGUACCCAGCUCAGGGUCACAUAAUCCCUAUGCUGCAAUUAGCCAAGCUCCUCAACUACAAAGGCUUUCACACAACCUUUGUGAACACAGAGUUCAACCACAGACGCCUUCUAAAAGCCCGAGGUCCCAACUCUCUUGAUGGCCUCCCCUCCUUUAGGUUCGAAACCAUUCCUGAUGGCCUCCCUACAACUGAUGUCAAUGCCACUCAAGACAUAACAGCUCUAUGCUUUUCCACUAAGAAAAAUUGCUUAGCACCUUUCAAAGACCUUUUGUCCAAGCUCAAUUCCUUGCCCAGUUCCCCUCCAGUUACCUGCAUAGUUUCUGAUGGUGGCAUGACCUUCACGCUCGAAGCAGCCCAAGAAUUGGGCAUUCCAGUUGUUAUUUUUGCAACAGCAAGUGCUUGCAGUUUGAUGGGCUACCUUCAGUUGAGCCCUCUCAUCGAAAAGGGCUUAAUACCCCUUAAAGAUGCAAGCUACUUGACGAAUGGGUAUUUGGACACGGUUAUAGAUUGGAUACCGGGCAUGAGAGGUAUCCGACUGAGGGACAUCCCAACCUUCUUUAGAACCACAGACCCAAAUGACAUCAUGUUGGAAUUUCUUAGGGUUGAAAUAGGACGAUAUCAUAGAGCUUCUGCUUUCAUUUUGAACACGUUUUAUGCCCUUGAGCAUGAAGUGUUAGAUGCACUUUCCACUUUGCUACCACCUAUAUACUCCGUCGGACCCCUACAUCUACAGCUUAAUCAGAUCCCAGCAGAGAACGAGUUGAAGUCGAUUGGAUCAAACCUAUGGACAGAAGAACCAGAGUGUCUUGAAUGGCUCGACUCCAAAGAACCCAAUUCCGUGGUUUAUGUCAAUUUCGGAAGCAUCACAGUCAUGACAGAGGAGCAGCUCACUGAGUUUGCUUGGGGACUUGCAAACAGCAAUCAAACAUUCCUUUGGGUAAUUAGGCCUGACCUUGUUGGUGGGGAAUCAGCUGUCGUUCCGUCAGAGUUUUCGGAAGAGACCAAAGAAAGAAGUCUAGUGGCAAGUUGGUGCCUUCAACAAGAAGUUCUGAGUCACCCAGCUAUCGGAGGGUUCUUGACCCACAGCGGAUGGAACUCUACUCUUGAAAGCGUGUGUGGUGGAGUGCCUAUGAUCUGUUGGCCCGUCUUUGCAGAUCAACAAAUGAAUUGUAGGUUCAGUUGCAAAGAGUGGGGCAUAGGCAUGGAGAUAGAGGGCGAUGUGAAAAGAGAUUACAUAGAAGGACUUGUGAGAAAGUUAAUGGAGGGAGAGGAAGGCAAAGAGAUGCGGAAGAAAGCCCAGGAAUGGAAAAAGUUGGCAACGGAGGCCACCACUAGUCCUAAUGGCAUGUCUUUUGUUGAUUUGGACAGAAUCGCUAGCCAGGUCCUUCAAUCUCCAGUAAAUUAGAAUUGCUUAAAGUUCUGUCUAGUUAUUGCUUUGUAUUUGGGCUUAGCUUGAUAUCAAAUUACUGGUUAGUUGCUUAAUAACAUGUGGAGCCCGAUGCCAUGUUAUCAAUUAGAUGAUUUGUUAAGCUGAGAACUUUAGCCUA